ACCAAUGACGUCACGCAGAUAGCAUUUACCCGACAGUUUCAAAAGGGAAAGAGAAGAUAACUUGUGAAAAAACUAUUCUAUAUCCUCGUGACGGCUUGCUUUAAAUAUUUUCUGCGUUAUUUAUAUACUGAAACAUCAAGCGGAGUGUAAGACCCGUAGUUUGCAGUUUUAGUCCUUAUUUAAACACCGAAUCAAGCUAGCCGGUCUGCUAAGUGUAGCUAACGUUAAGGAGAUAACAAGCUAGCUGGGGCUAGCUAACGAGUUAGAAACAGAAACUCAACAGCAGUUCGUCUGUAAACUGAGUCUUCAAGGUGUGACACAAUGGAGAGUAAAUACAACCUGAAGAGUCCAGCACCCUACUAGCUGAAUGGCAGGCAGCUACAUCAGAAGGUUUAUCUUGAGCGGCAACAGCUCAGCGGUGAAGAGGCUGAUGAAAGAAGCUGCUGAGCUCAGAGACCCCACAGAGCACUACCACGCCCAGCCACUGGAAGAUAACCUCUUUGAAUGGCACUUCUCCGUACGUGGACCCCCAGAUUCAGACUUUGACGGCGGGAUCUACCACGGCAGGAUCGUUCUCCCUCCAGAGUACCCCAUGAAGCCCCCCAGCAUCAUCCUCCUCACGCCAAACGGUAGAUUCGAAGUUGGUAAGAAGAUUUGUUUGAGCAUCUCUGGCCACCAUCCAGAGACCUGGCAACCCUCAUGGAGCAUUCGAACCGCUCUAAUAGCUAUAAUCGGAUUCAUGCCAACAAAAGGAGAGGGAGCAAUAGGAUCCCUUGAUUAUACCCCAGAAGAGAGGAGGGCCCUCGCCAAAAAGUCCCAGGACUUCUGUUGCGAGACGUGCAGCUGCUCCAUGCGCUCCACCCUCCUUGCUCUGACCCCCAACAGCAACCCGAGCGCCGAGGACCACCAGGCCAAACAACUGGCUCAGCAAAUCAACUUCAAGGCAGAGUCCAGUUUAUCCAGACAUUCAAGUGAGAACGUAGGAGCAGAGAGCGAGCCUUCCUCGCUCACUCAGGGAGACGCCUCCACGUCUGCGGGACAGGAAGUUGCUGACGAGCCUCCGACUGAACAGGCGGAGGUGUCUGCAGCACCUGCAGAGGAGCCUCAGCCCCCUGCAGCCCCCAGCACCGGUCGGCCCCUCAGUCCCCGGCAGCGUCGCGCCCAGCAGCAGCAGAACCAGCAGGGUCAGAGAGACGGCAGAGACGCGGCCAGCAGGCCGGUCUUCGCCCCCGCUCCUCGGAGGCAGCAUGAGGAGGGCCACACGGGCUCAGCCGUCCUCAUCGUGCUCCUCACUCUGGCUCUGGCUGCACUCAUCUUCCGCAGGAUCUACCUGAACAACGAGUACCAGUUUGACUUUGAGCUGUGACCAACGACGCCUUCACACCUUUCUUCUUCCUCUAAUUUGAUCCCCCCAAACUGAGCCGCUGCAGUGGACCCAGAGCCAAGUCAGCGGCCACCAGACUCUCCUCCCUCUGUGCUCGCCAGCCGAGGUUCAGUCUCCUCUGAGGGGAGAUCUCAUUCCUGCAGAGGAGGCACUUUAAUCUCCACAACACCUCCUGGGUGUCUUUUAAUCAGAGUCCAUUUUACUGUCCUGUGUCGUACAUUUUUAAGAACUGAAACCAUCACAUGCUCAUUUUCAUUGAUCUGUUGUCCGUCUUAGAGCUUUAGCUUGUUCCCUUUAAUUAAAAAUGUAAUUUAAUCUGUAAACAAAAUUAAUUAAGGGGAGGUUUGUCUCAAGAUUAUUACUGAAUCAUGAAAUUAUCUACAGAGUUUUUCUUUUAUUAUUGCUUCUUCUUCUUCAUGUGUUUAGGGUGUUUUCACACCUCUGUUGUUUGCAACAACAAGGAGGCGUUCCCGUUUUGGCCCAGUUUGUUUGGAUGUAUCAUGACAAUCCAGGACAAAACAAGGGAGCUAGGAUCACUUCCAGUCAAACCCUGGAGCAGUUUGAGAGCGCAAUCAAUGCAACUGUAACAAAAAACUGUCUGACUCAUCACGCUCCAGUAGUAAUAAUAUGGUUUCUAGGCAAUUUUAAUAACAUCUGAAAAUAAAAUCUAAAUAAUUA